UGACGCACAUGCAGCUGAAACGUCCAGUGACACACUUGGGGUGACUUGCUGAAGAGUCUGUCAACUACAUGCUCACGUUCGGGAUUCAUCCACGAUUUAUCUACGGGCUGCCACUCACGGAGCAGAGCCAUGGCGCCCCUGUCGUCUCUGCUGAGACUCAGAGAGUGUGUGCAGAGGACCAGUGUCCUCUGUAGUGUCUUUACACACGGUUUACACCACCGACCGAAACGGGAUUUCUCCACGGUCCACGUUCAGCGCGGAGGUGGUCAACUUCUGUCACAACAAUUCAGAGGCAAAAAUAACGCAACAUCUGUCCAUAGCAGCAGCAGCAGCUCGUCAAACGGUCAGGACGUGACAGAGAGGCUGUGGUCUAUUUAUAAUGAGACUAAAAGACAGACAGAAGCCAUAUCCACCGACUCGGUCGACCCCAACACCAUUUUUACCAACAACGAGAUGAGCCUGCAAGACAUCGAGAUCUACGGCUUUGACUAUGACUACACCCUCGCCUUCUACUCCCGCCACCUUCACACCAUGAUCUUCAACAUAGCCCGGGACAUUCUCAUCUCUAACCACAGGUAUCCGGAGGGUUUGCGAAAGUACGAGUACAUACCAGAUUUUGCUGUCAGAGGACUUCACUAUGACGUGCAAAAGGCACUGCUGAUGAAGAUCGAUGCUUUCCACUACAUCCAGCUGGGAACUGUUUACAGGGGUCUUCAUCCAGUUUCUGACGAGGAAGUAAUUGCCAUGUACGAAGGCUGUCACGUUCCUCUCGAGAACAUGAGCGACUUCUAUGGCAAGAGUUCCCAUGGCCACACCAUGAAACAGUUCAUGGACAUUUUCUCCCUGCCUGAGAUGACCCUCCUGUCCUGCGUCAACGACUUCUUCAUGAAACACAACAUCGACUAUGAGCCCGUCCAUCUCUACAAAGACGUAAAGGAAGCUAUCCGAGAUGUUCACGUCAAGGGCAUUAUGUACCGAGCUGUGGAUGCAGACAUCGAAAAAUACAUUUGCUAUGGUGAGGAAAGCCACGCUGUGCUGAGGAAGCUGUCAGACAAUGGGAAAAAGAUGUUUCUCAUUACCAAUAGCCCUUUUGAUUUUGUGGACCGAGGCAUGAGCUACAUUGUGGGGAAGGACUGGAGGGACCUGUUUGAUGUUGUUAUUGUUCAGGCUGACAAACCGAGUUUCUUCAAUGUCAAGGGAAAACCUUUCCGGCGAGUGACAGAUAACGGUGCGUUGCUAUGGGAUCGGAUCCACAGGUUGGAGAAAGGGCAGAUCUACAAACAGGGAAACCUUUAUGAAUUCCUGAGACUCACUGGUUGGAGAGGAUCCAAAGUGCUUUACUUUGGCGAUCACAUCUACAGUGACCUGGCGGAUCUCACACUGAAACAUGGCUGGAGAACAGGUGCCAUCAUUCCUGAGCUGAGGAAAGAGAUCAAGAUCAUGAACACUAAGCAAUAUGUGCAUAUGAUGUCCUGGUUACAGGCACUGACUGGACUUAUUGAGCAGAUGCAGGUACACAGGGAUCCGGAAUCUCGAGCCGUCGUUGAGGAGUGGAUCAGAGAAAGAGACUCCAUGAGGCCACAGACGAAGGACAUCUUCAACGCUCAGUUUGGGAGUCUCUUUCGGACGUACCACAACCCCACUUACUUCUCUCGCAGACUGUCACGCUUCGCUGACAUGUACAUGGCCUCCAUCAGCUGCCUGCUCAACUAUGACUUCCAGCACAUCUUUUUCCCCCGCCGCACCCCUCUGCAACACGAGUCCCCCUUCUGGCCUGAACACAGUUCUGCUGACCUGAGUGCCUCUGCACAGCACCACAGGACCACAGUCAAGUCUGAUUAGAGAGCGAGAAGAAAGUGUUGUUCUAAAACACUUGAGACAAGGAUGAAAUUAUCCCCCUCUCUCUCUAAAGCUGUGUUUUUGAAACAUUGAGAUAUGCCAUUUUAGAACAUGCAUGACACAAUUUAAGGGAUGGUUGUUGUUUUUUUUAGUCGAAUCCAGUAGAUUUUGUACGUUUAAGCCGAAUGACACGUAACGAAACUGGCGUUUUUAUAUAUGCAGACUUUAUGUAGAUUUGGAACAUGUGAUGCACUGAUUCCGUUUGGUUUACAUGAGGGAGACUGGUGACGCAUGAGUAUACAAUGAUGAUGCAUUUACCCUGUUAAAACAAUAGGGGGCAAUCCUACAUCAAGUCUAUCGCGGUGAAUCUCUGAGUUAUGCACCCUCUUGCAGCAAAACUUCAUUUCAUCUUUGCCUCUUGUUUUUUUUUUCUAUCUCUUUCAUCUUUAAAAAUGUAAGAGAAAUACUGGCAUUUGAUAUUUACAUUACAAACUCCGCAGCCUUAAUAUCUUGAUGACGUUACUGCAAUGUACUGUAUGGUUCUGUAACUAUGUAUUUUGAAUAGCCUAAUGAUAUUUAUGGCAAGCUUCACAUUAGAUUACACUUUUAACUGCUUGCUGAGACACACUUUGCGCACUGAUUUUCAGAGAUCUCUCUCUUUCUUUUUUUUAAUCAUUUUCACACCACACAGCCUGUAAGUCUCAUUAGCUAAAAUGGUAAUGUUUGUCAGGAGAAAAUAGAGCGUUAUUGCUAUAUUUAGCACAUGUGUUGCUAUUUGAUCUGUGGAGGCAGCGCUGAGUUUCGUGGCUUUGUCACCUUCCUUUGCAGAAAAUGUGUGAAGCGCUCUCACUCAUGCGGGGACGUAGGCUUGUCUAUUUCAAGAUGGGAACCUAUAAAAAGGGACUGUUUGAAUACCGGGGGUAUUGUGUUUUACUUGAUUUGUUCGCCUCUCUUUUGUGGUCUUGGUUAAUUUUAUUUUUAUUUCAGUAUUUAUUAAAUUGGAAAUGAUUUCCUGAUUGUA